AGUCUUGAAUUUGAAGUCUCAAGCCGUCAAGACAAGGAGCUUAGGGCUGACCAAGCGCACUCGAGUAUGAACCCAUGGCACUGUUUCUACACCUCCGGCAGCUGGAAGCGCAACCAGUACAUAUAUCACACAAAGUCUGUGAGACGCGACAUUUUGCAGCUUUCAAGCUGACAGGAGGCCGGAAGCCAACCGAAGCCGGGAUAUACCUUUGGUUAACUGGACGAGCAGCUGCCAGGGCAUUGCCAUUCCCCAUACGAAGCAAACGUGCCGGAUCCCGCGGUCUUUUGCGCGCGACGGGAGCGAUGAGCCUCAGCGAAUCUGCGAAUCUCAGGAGGUGCCACCUGGCGACGUGGCAGGAUGAGCAGCCAGGUGGCGUCGAUGAACCCGCAGUGAACAAGAACCUGAAUCCACUGGUGGAUCAGUACCCCGACAUGUCCUUUCUCAACCCUUCCGAGAUGGUUAUGGGGCACAUCAUCCAGAACUCCACCCGUGCGUGCGAGCAUCCGAACCCCAUGCUAGACUCGGGGUGCUUGCGCGCCAACGCGGCCCGGCACAUCUUCUGGGACGCCAGUCAGGUCAAGGCAGCCAUCGUCACCUGCGGUGGCCUGUGCCCAGGGCUGAACUCCAUCAUCCGAGGGGUCACCAAGUGCCUCAGGAACGAAUACGGCGUGCGAGAGAUCCUUGGUGUCAGCAACGGAUACAAUGGCCUCAGCGACCCGGACAAGAAUCCGCCAAUAUCCCUCACGGAGGAACUGGUCCGAGAUAUCCACAUGAAGGGAGGCAGCAUCAUUAAGGCGGCCAGGGGCGGCUUCGACGCGCCGAAGAUCUGCGACAACCUGGCGAAGCAGGGCAUCAACGUGUUGUUCCUGGUGGGGGGCGACGGUACCCAGUUCGCUGGGAACCUGCUCUUUGAGGAGGCAAGGAAGCGGAACUUGAAGGUGAGCAUCGUGGGCAUCCCCAAGUCCAUCGACAACGACGUGGUGCUCUUCGACCGGACCUUUGGCUUCGAGACGGCGGUGGACGCCGCCUCCCAGGUGAUCCGCAACGCAUGGGUUGAGGCCAGCAGCUGCAACCGAGGCGUGGGCAUUGUGAAGCUCAUGGGCCGAGACAGCGGCUUCGUGGCGAUGCAUGCGGCCACGGCGGCGGAUGUGGUGGACCUGUGCAUGAUCCCCGAGGUCACGGUGGACUUGAAGGACGUGCUGGCUCACGUGGAUGCGGUCCUGGCUGCCAGGGGGUACAUGGUCAUCGCAGUGGCGGAGGGCGCUGGCCAGGAGAUGGUGUCCACGGGCAAGAAGGAUGCCACAGGGCACACCGUCUACGGCGACAUCGGGGUCCACUUGCGGGAUACGCUGAAUGCGCAUUUGAAGCCAUCCGGCGGGCGCACCUUCUACAUUGAUCCUUCCUACAUCAUCCGAUCUGUGCCCAUCAUUCCAAAUGACCACAUCUACUGCGUGCGCCUGGCCAACGACGCGGUGCAUACCGCCAUGCGGGGCUACUCCGGGGUUUGUGUGGGCGCCAUGCACAACGUGAUCUGCAUGCUGCCCUCCAAGCUCAUGGCCAGCGGCAAGAAGAAGGUGCGGCAGCACAGCAGCUCCUGGCAGGGCUGCGUUCAGAUCUGCAACAUGCCACGUGCUCUUGCUGGUCUGAGUGAGUGAGCAGGCACAAAUGUUGUGCCCUUGUCGUCGAUAGAAUCCAUGGUUGCGCCUCAGGUUGAUCUGUACAGAUGUCAAACCACAGCUGGACUUGCAAGGAUCUUGAUGCGCAAGAGACGCAUGAGACGGCAGCUAGACAGGA